CUCACCUAAACUUCACUUGUUCCUUACCUUUACGCGCCGAUGGUCAUUUUACUGGUUUUGAUGUAACUCUGGGGCGAUGGUUUGGAAUUCGUUUCACCUACGCAUCCGGUGUGAGCUAGUCGAUCAUGAGCAAUUCGGUAGACGAUGAUCCAUCGGACUCUGUUUGCAACCCCGACGAGAAUACCCGAUCAGCAUCAUCAUUGGAUAAGACGCAUGAUGAGAGAACAGACGCGGAGCCCCGCGGGGUGGCACGCAAAAAUACCACACGAGCUUCGGCUCUCGAUAACCUGCAGUCCACGCUACCACGAAAAGCGGUGGAUCUCUAUGUCGAUGUGUUAAAACAACUUGCCGAUGAUGACACGCCCGAUCUUGCGGACCCCGACACCGAGAGGUAUAACUCUACACAGGAUGGAGUCGUGGUUUGGAAUCCACAGGAGAAGGGAGUCUUAUAUCGCAGCUUGGACCGCAAGGGGAGGGAAGGGAUCCGCGAGGUUGCCCGCAGGCUCGGCUCGAAGUCGGAAAUCGAAGUGCAGGAACAUCUAAGACUCUUACAGAACGGUCUGCAAAAGCGCCAUAUGACGCAAUCGCGUAGCCGAACAAUUAUUCUGGCCGAUGUUCCCGCUGCCGCCGAGAUUAGCAAUGAAUGUCACAGAACCUUGGAUCAUUAUGCCGAAUUACUGCGCUUGGAAGAGCAACAGGAUGAGGAUGUUACUGGGAGGCACAAGCACCGCGAUUUCUGGGAUGAACAGCUCCACCCUCCGGAUAGGGAUGUCUACGACCGAUCCAGUGUGCAUCUCACGGCUAGCUUGUUCAAGAUGAGCAACUGGGUUAAUCUCUCGGAGCGAUUUUUCAUGAACUCCGGGGGCACACGGUCGGAUGAGAAUUGGCGUGGUUUGUCCUUCGCAGACGAAACCCCGUCCCUGACGGCGGAUGCGUUCGCCGACUUCUAUGCAUUGGCUGUAAGUCUAACGCGCCGGUUGGUACAGUCGUCCCUCUUCUUUGCGGAUGCAAGGUUGCGAAAAGUGGAAGAGGACGGCCGGGCGAGGGCUCGCGAAGUCAGGGCUCGCGAUGUUAGAACAGCAUUGGACGUCUUGAACAUGAAGCGAGAAAACUCUGAUUUUUGGAUUGGUCUCGCCCGGAGACUCUCCCUUGAUGUUGUGGAUAACCGACACGUGAAGGACUGGAAGUCGAUACAAAUGGACUAUGACGAGGUGGAGGACAUUCUAUCUCGAAAGCAACCAUUGCCCUCCCAGUCGGGCUCGGUCGCGAGGAGCGUUUCUAGGGGUAGAGAUGGGAGCCAGGUGGUUGACGAUCAGGGCUCAGACGCCGGUAACGAAUCCGAGCCUCCUAUCUCUGGUCAGGCAGUUUCACCAGAGCUCAUUGAGGAGGUUCCGUUUGACUCGGAGGACGAAUACGCAGAACAGGUAGACAGGGAAGCAAGCCGCGCUGAAGAGUCUAACCUGUGGGAGCUAGUUGGUCGGUCGCCUCCGCCUACUCCAUCAUAUGGUCAUGCCGAGACCGAAGGGCAAAAUGAAAGAGAUCCUCGUCAGAUGAAGCCAGAACCGCGCAAAAGACCGAUUAGUGUGCGGAAGUCGAUGGAUGAUCUAUUCAAUUGGCGGGAUCGAUUACUCUACCGAAGCGAAUGGGAGGAAUAUGGCCACGAUGGUUUUGACUUGCAAGACGAGAUUCUUGAGAACAGGCAUAAAAGACGACGUCUCGAGCAAGGGCAUAUGCAAUCUUUUCUUUCGGGUUCUGCUGGGGUGGACGCAAGUGGAGGCAACACUGAUGUCCAGUAUGAUAUUUCGCCUCUGGGCUCGAGUCCUGGAAAGGUUCAUGAGGCUAAUAGUAUGGUGCUAGAUUAUGAAACAAUGCAUGAGGAGCAAGGCGUAGGUUCUGUCCUUGGCUCCUAGUAUGUAGUGUGGUCUGGGUGGGUGAUCUGUGUGCAUUAUACCAUUUUGCGAUACCCAGCAUGGAAUAUAUUUUCGGAUUCUUCAGUAACACGAAUGUCAU